UGCAGAUGCACAGUUCAAUAACAACAGAGCUACCAAACAGAACCCACAUUUGAGCCAAAGGCGUUAAUUUGCUAAGAAAAACAACAAAUUUCUGCUGCUAGAUUUCACAAAUACGAGUAAAUAUUAACAAUGGCAAAGUUUUUGCUUGGAUUUCUAUUUCUGACCGUUCUCGUUGUGAUGUAUGCCCACGCGGCUCCUUCAGAGAGCAUAGCAGUUGCUGAAGCCGCUGCCGAGGUCGAUGACCUCUCUACGGCGGAUAGCAUAGGCAUCGGUUAUUAUGCGCCGUCGUACUAUCGUCCAUACUACGGAGGCGGAUAUGGCUACAAAUAUGGCGGAUAUAGUGGUUAUGGCUAUGGCGGAUACAGAAGCUACGGACGCUACUAUCGCCGACCCAUUUAUCCAGUUUGGGGCUAAGACAAAGACACAAUACUGCGGACCAUAAGCCAUUUAGACUGUAUAUAGUAUAUAUAUUUGUAUAUAACACC